CCUGGACAGUGUGAGGGAGAGUUUAUUUCUUAAUUAAUGUUUUCAUUCCUUCUCCGGAAUUCCAUAUGAAUAAUUGAUUGCCUGCUGUCUUUUCGGUGAUAAAAAUGAAAUCAUCCCAUUAUAUUUAAAUAAUAGCCAAAGGUCAUCGUUCUUUCCUUUCUCGUAAACAUCGCCCGUCUUUCCUUCUCUCCUACUCUCUACUCAUAAAAGCAUCACUGGUUAUGCUCCAGUUUCUAGUAUGGGAGUUGGAGGAUUGCUCAAUCCGUUAACUACAUUUUCUACAACUUCUGCUUCUCCAAAUAGUAAGGCAAUGGCUUCUGUGACAACGGCUAACCUUAUCUACUCUAUCUCAUUUGAUCGUAGACGCGCUCACGCUCCUCAAUUCCUGUAUAAUUUCAAGAAUUACAACAGAAUCUUGAUUAGAAGAUGCAGUAGGCUCUCCUCGAUUGGUCGAUUUGGAGUUUCUUGCGAAUCCAAGAUAGAGGAAAGGAUGGUGAGAAGGUAUUCGCCUUGCCUAGAGAAGGCAUUGCUUACAAGCAAAAGCAAUGGUGCCUUGGCUUCUGAUGAGUGGAGAGCAGUGCCUGACAUUUGGAGGACUUCAGCUGAGAAAUAUGGUGAUCGGGUUGCGCUGGUGGAUCCUUGUCAUGACCCACCUACAAAAAUGACUUAUAAAGAGUUGGAGCAGGAAAUUUUACAUUUUUCUGAAGGUUUAAGAGUUAUUGGACUGAAGCCCAAUGAGAAACUUGCUCUUUUUGCUGAUAAUUCUUGUCGGUGGCUUGUAGCAGAUCAAGGUAUGAUGGCUAUGGGAGCAAUUAAUACUGUGAGGGGAUCAAGAUCUUCUGUUGAAGAGCUAUUACAAAUAUAUAAUCACUCUGAAAGUGUUGCAAUUGCAGUGGACAGUCCUGAAUUGUUCAAUCGGAUUGCAGAAACAUUUUCUUCCAAGGCAGUUAUCAGAUUUAUCAUUCUGCUUUGGGGAGAUAAAUCAUGCCUAGCUAUCAACGGAAUGGAUGGCAUUGCUGUUUUCAAUUACAAAGAAAUUAUAGACUUGGGACGAGAGAGCCAUAGAUCUUUGUUCGACUCUGAUUAUGCUAGGCAACACUAUAUGUAUGAAACAAUCAGCUCAGAUGACAUUGCUACACUUGUUUAUACUAGUGGAACCACUGGAAAUCCUAAAGGUGUAAUGCUUACGCAUAACAAUUUGUUGCACCAGAUAAAUAAUCUCUGGGAAAUUGUUCCUGCAAUACCUGGGGAUAGAUUUCUAAGCAUGUUACCGCCUUGGCAUGCGUAUGAGCGCGCUUGUGAGUAUUUCAUAAUGACGUGUGGAGUUGAGCAAGUAUACACAACUGUGAGAAACUUAAGGGAAGAUCUCCAGCAUUAUCAACCACAUUACAUGAUCUCUGUUCCUUUGGUAUAUGAGACGCUCUACAGUGGGGUACACAAGCAGAUAUCUACAAGCUCCAUAAUUCGUAGGCUUGUUGCACUUACGUUCAUAAAGGUCAGCUUGGCAUACAUGGAGUUGAAGAGAAUUUAUGAGGGAACUUAUUUGACAAGGAUUCAGAAGGAACCAUCAUAUCUUGUUUUGGUGUUGGACUAUCUAUGGGCAAGAAUCAUAGCUGCAAUCUUGUUGCCAGUGCAUAAGUUGGCUGAUAAGCUUGUUUACAGCAAAAUUCGCUCUGCUAUUGGAAUGAGCAAGGCUGGCAUAAGUGGAGGUGGUAGUCUACCAUCGUAUGUUGAUGAAUUUUUUGAGGCAAUUGGCAUGAAAGUGCAAAAUGGGUAUGGUAUGACAGAGUCAUCUCCAGUUACUGCUGCUCGACGACCCACUUGUAAUGUUCUUGGCUCAAUUGGGCAUCCGAUUCAGCAUACAGAAUUUAAAAUUACAGAUGCUGAAAGUGGUGAAACUCUUCCGGAUGGAUCAAAAGGGAUUGUAAAAGUUAGGGGGCCACAAGUGAUGAAAGGGUACUACAAGAAUCCAAUGGCCACAAAAAAAGUGUUAGAUGAGGAUGGUUGGCUAAAUACUGGUGAUAUAGGUUGGAUUGUUCCUCACCAUUCAGUAGGGCGAAGCCGUCGUUGUGGAGGUGUUAUUGUCCUUGAAGGGCGAGCUAAGGAUACCAUAGUUCUUUCUACAGGUGAAAAUGUUGAGCCCUCAGACCUUGAGGAAGCCGCUAUGAGGAGUGCCCUUAUUCAACAGAUUGUUGUUGUUGGCCAGGAUCAACGUCGCCUUGGAGCUAUAGUAGUUCCAAAUAAAGAAGAGGUUCUACUAGCUGCUAAAAAGUUGUCCAUUGUAGAUGCCAAUGCCUCUGAGAUGAGUAAGGAAAGGAUGACAAGCCUGGUAGAAGAAGAACUCAGGAAAUGGACAUCAGGCUGUUCAUUUCAAAUUGGACCAAUCCUUAUUGUGGAUGAGCCUUUUACAAUUGAAGGUGGCUUGAUGACCCCAACCAUGAAAAUCCGAAGAGACAGAGUCACGGAACGCUACAGGGAGCAGAUAGCCAAUCUGUACAAAUAGUUCGUACAAGCAAAAUGUAUGCAGGAAACUGUCAUAAUAAUGGCCUGAAAUGUAACCAGGAUUAAUAAUCUUAAAUAUCCCAAGUUCCCAUGGUAGUUAUAUCCCUGCACUUCAAUUGGUGCAGUUUGUCUCCUCAAGUAACGUUUUGUUUUUAAUGUCAUACGAAACAAAUUUAUUUCUAGUACUUUCCUCUUCUUUUGGUGUUGUCAUAUGUAAGUGAAUAAUUCUGGCCGCUAGGCUGCUUGGUUUGGCCCUAAUAAGAGGUGACUUUUGACA